UUUCCCAUUCGACGGCGACGUUUUUCCCGUUCACCUUCCAUUUUGUGACCGAUACUCCUCGUGCGCGAUACGUCCGUAGUCCGUGCGAUAUAUACAAAGCGAACGUCAUCACAGUUGGUCGACCGUCCAUUUUCGUUGCCGUCGUCGUCGUGUUUUGUAUCCUCCCUUGGUCCACCAAGACGUCUUGAACAGCCGUCGUUGGAUUGCAAUACCACCGGCGUGUGCCAGUCCGCCGUUGUCGUUUUCUUCGUCUUCUCGAAUUAAUUGAAUACUUAAUAUACAUAAACAAUGAAGGUCCCCAAGGAAGAAUCCAAAGAACAAAAUAAUGACAAUACAUUAAAUGAUGAUGAUAAUUUGAGUAAUCCAUAUGAUACAGAAUCAAAUUCCGAUUCAAUUGAUCCACCAACAAGGGAUGGAGAUUUUUCUGAAUAUAUGUGGAUGGAAAAUCAAGAAGAAUUUGACUUACAGGUUAUGAAAGAAUUAGAAGAAAAAGAAUUGAUGAAAGAAUGUCUUGAGGCUAUGUUAGAUGAUGAACAACAUAAUAGCAAACAGAAUGGUUCAGCAAAUGGUGAUGCUCAAAUGAAUGGUUCAAGUAGUUCUACCUCAAUGAUUACCCAUAGACUUGAUCAUUUGAGCUUAAAUACAUCUUGCAAUAAUGGUGAUCAGCCAAGACAAUCUACAAGUACUUUAAAUCCAGAUGCAGCUGAAUUUGUACCAUUAGCAACCCGGUCUUUGACUAAUGCGCCUGUGGUGGUAGCAAGUCCUUCAUAAGCGAGUAAUGGAUAUUUUUAACAUACAACUAUAUAUUAUAAAUAUAUAUAUAUAUAUAUAAAAUAAAGUAAAUAUUAAUCUAUCAUCACAAAGUAUAAUAUAUUUUCAUAUUAAACGAAACUAAAUUUCCAAUAAAUGACUAUGAUGAAUUUUUUUGUAAAUCUUCAUUAUACUCAUAAUUUUUCAAUCGAUUUUAUCAUCAUUUAAAAUUACUGAAUCACACACAUACAAUAAAAAUUGCACUUAUGUUUUGAUCACUAAUGUCAUUCUUAUAACACGGAUUUAUUAUCGAUUUUCAUAUUGUUAACAAUGGAAGGUUAUAGUACAAUGUUUAAAAAAACAAAAAUAAACAAAAUGGCUAACACAAUUCAUGUUUAAGUAUAUUGCCACUUAGUCAACUUGUCAUGUUUUCCAAUCUAUUUUAUCUUUUAGCAUAUAAUUAUUAAUUUAGUAUUCAUAUUCUAAUAUAAUUUGAUUGUUUAUUAUUAUAUUAUUUUAUUUUAUUUUUUAACAAAUUUAAUGAAUUAAUGGUAGAGUAUUGGUUCAAGAUUGAAUAAUUAUUUAUGCUUAUAAUAGUUGUUUUACUUUCUGUAGAUGAAUAAAUAAUUUUUUGGUGGACUAUUAACAGAAACUGUUAAUUCAUUUUAAAAAAUACAAAUAAUUGGUGUUUAUUUUAUCUUUUUCCUGCUUAUUAUUAUUUAUCUUGCAUUUUACAAUUGCCUUGGAAACGCUAUUUGAAUGUAUUUUUAUAAUCUGACAUGAAAAAGGUUUCAAUCUAAGAACUUCAGAUGGUUUAAUUGAAAAUGUCUUUAAUUUAUGUAAUAUAUAUAUAUAUAUGUAUAUGUAUAGGUGUAUACAUUUUUUAGGGGGGGGGGGGGUUACUUAUUUUAAUAUUUUCUAUUAAUUCAGGCAAAUCAUUAUACUGUUCAUUUUUAUACUCGGGAAAAUUAUGUUAAAUGAUUUUAUUUUAUUUUAAAACAAUGCCAAAAUACUAAUAUUUUCAAUUAUAUCGUGUUUUGAUUUUUAUUCUAUAGCGGGCCUAAUAAAUAAUUAAUAUUUUAAGUACAAAUAUGUUGUUUACUUAAUAUUAUUUUAUAUAAUAUUUUAAUUAUAUAUUAGUGAUGUGAUAAGUAAUAUUUUUGUACGUCUUAACUCUUUGUAGUCGUUUUAUUAUUAAGAAACUUGUGUGUAAUGUUUCAUGGCUAAAUUAAAUAAAAUAUGAAUCGUAUAAUGAGUGAUUAUUAUUUGAAUUAGCGUAGAAUUAUUUAUAUUUUAUUUGAUGUAUUGUGUUAGUUACAUUUUUAAUGUUUAUAUGUAAUUAUGACUUAAUAAUAUGGUUUUGGGAAUAUUUAAAUAAUAAUAUUUUGGAUAACUCUCGUCAGACUGAUUGGUACUAUGUUAAAUGUACUAUAAUUUGUUAUUUACACCUCCAAUAAAGUUAAAAAUUUGUAUCUUGAUUUGUAUGUUACUGUUUUGAUGCUUAUAAUUUCUUAUAUAAUAUUAGUUCUAAAUGUCUGAUUUAAAAUUAUUUAUACUGUUUUGUCAUUAAUGUUAUAAUAACAGCAUUUUAGUAUCUUCUAAAAUAGUAUUUAUCUUAUGCUUGUUGUAGAUAAUUAUUUGAUCCAUACAUCAUUUCAAAUUCUUAAAUGGAUGGACAUCUUAGUUCUGACGAGAAUAAUAUCCAAUUGAACAUUACAAUACUGGUGUGUAAUGUCAUUAAAAUAUAAUAAUAUAUUAUGUGUCUUGAUUGCUAAGUUGACAAAUUAAUAUUAUUAUUCAUUAUUGUUACCUUAAAAUUAAAUAGUUUAUUUCAUACUAUGAUAUUAGUCUAAAAUAUAAACAUAAUACCCAAGUUGAACACUGUAGGCAAAUUUGUAUAUGUAUUUUGUGGGUUAAACUAGAACUAUUAAGUACAGUAUAAAUCUGAUGUAUUAGACAUUCAAAAAUAUGUUAACUUUAAAAAAAAAAAAAUGUUAAAUCUCUAAAUUUUUUAAAAAUUGGGCUAAGUUAUUUGUUAAUCAUUUUUUUUUUUUAGAUAGGUUGAUGUAGUGUACACGUUUGUGAAUGUAAUAAACUUUGUGAUAAGCCAAA